UAUUGCUAAAAGCUCCUAGUAAUAUAAAAUCAAGGGUGUUGCAGAAGCAGCGCUACCUAGGAGAUAUAUUGUUAGCCAGGAUGGUUAUGUCUCUCGUGAAGGUAGCCCUAAAGUUGGGAAUUGGUGUAGGAGCUGUGUAUGUUACUGUGGACCAAGGUAUAUGGAGUGAAGGAACUCAAGCAUCAGAUGCCUUUCAUAAAGUAGCCAAUAUUAUGCCUGGAGCUCGAGAAUAUGCACAAAAAAUCCCAGAAAGAAGUGAAUUAUCAAGAAAAGCUGUUAGUUAUUGGAACUGUGGUGUCAUGUAUACAUGCUCAGCAUUGGCCAACCUACCCUCUGUUACUAAAGAUUAUAGUAGGAAGGGCAUUGCAAUGGCUAGAAACUCUAUUGCUUCUACCUUAGAAAAAUAAAUACAAUGUGCAGCCAGUGUAGAAGAUUUCUAUUUUAAGUAGAUCAGAAUUGACAAGUUGUGGUGGCUUGACAGUAUUUAGACGUUGGAAUUACAAUGUACAUGUACAAAAAUUUUCUUGUGUAAUUAAAAUGUUUUUAGCUAAUAAUGACAAUAAAUUCAUUUAAAAUAC